AUGGAAUGCUAGCAAUGCUUGUGAAACAUUCUCGUCAUUGACCACUGUUCUUACUGCAAAAUUUCUUCAGAGAUUUGGUGGCUCUGGCGUCUCGCUGAAUAAGGGGACUGAAGCAUCUUAGAGGGACUGAUAAGACUCAAUAUCAUUGCCUCUGCUUAGUUCCCGGUUUGUUUACAAACAACAAAACCCUCGUCUCUCUGCAUGGCGUAGACUCGCCCUGGUGGUAGGAUGCGAACCCAACGAUUUGUGGUCUGGCUGGGCACAUUUGUCCUCGUCUCCCUAUUCCUCAUCUUCUUCAGAGGUCCCAGCCCCUCCCCCUCACCUAUUGUGGACCUCUAUCCUUCUCCCGAUUCUCGGCCUCCGACUACUUUGCAGAGCCCCCCCGUACCGUCCAAUGCCCAGCUUAUUGAACAGUCUGGCCUCCGAAAGGCUGCUCAGCCGGACAGUCUUCAUCCGAUUGCAUCGCUUGUCAAGAAUGCGGAGCAGCAAUUUGAUCGGCUACUGUCACGUCAAUCGAAGACCUUGGCUCAGGCUGUCAAUGAAUAUCGAGAGCGUUACAACAUGCACCCGCCCCCGCAUUUUGACAAAUGGUUUCAAUUUGCGAAAGAAAGAGGCGUCCAACUGAUUGAUGAAUAUGAUACAAUAUAUCAUGCUCUGUUGCCAUUUUGGGCCCUCGAACCGAAGACUAUUCGCGAUCGGGCUCGCGAGACGCUGGGCUUCGAUAAUUCUAUGAUCGGGGUACUGAUCAGAAAUGGAUCUGUGUCACUUGUGGAAGGCGGGGCAUUCGAGCAGAGCUGGCAGCGCAGUGCUACCGCUAAGAUGAUCGAGAGUUUUGUCGAGUACCUGCCUGAUAUGGAUCUUGUAUUUAAUGCCCUCGAUGAGCCUCGAGUCGUUGUACCCAGCGAAGAUCUUCAGAGGCUGGUUGCUAUUGCGAGAGAGCAAGUCUCUCAAAUUACGGUUACGAAUACCAUGCCCACAAAUGCAUGGUCAGAUAGACCCAGCGACUUGAACAAGGGUGACCGCAUUGAUGAAGUGCGUACUACCCGUUUCAAUCGGUUCACCCGUCAGUCCACGUGGAGUUAUUCUCGGUCUUCCUGUCCAAUUGACAGUCCGGUCCGCUCACUUGAUGAGCAGGCCGCGGAUAAUGUAAACUCCUACGCUCAGGGCGAGUUAGGAUUUAUAUACAACACCAGCGCCUUUUCCGACAUUUGCAACUCACCUUCCCUCCGCCACAAGUAUGGUUUCUUUGACCGGCCGAACCGGUUUGAGGCUGUACAUGACUUAUUCCCGGUCUUCUCGCAAAGCAAGAUCUCGAGCUACCAGGACAUUCUGUACCCAAGCCCUUGGUACUGGUCUGACCAGGUACCUUAUGAAGAAGAUAAAGAUAUGGAGUGGAAUGAGAAGAGCAGCCAGAUGUUCUGGAGAGGCUCAACAACAGGAGGAUACUCCAGAGCUGGGGGCUGGCGGCGGCAGCAUCGACAAUUGUUCGUCGGCAACGUUAAUGCUCUCAAUACAGCCAAGACACUGUCUAAGACUGAAAGUAACCAAUGGAAGGCCAGGGGAGUUGGUCGUAACUCUUUUGCGGAUCUCUUCGACGUUCGGUUCACGUACAUUGGCCAAUGUGACGAUAAGGACUGUGCCGCCCAGGAAGAGUAUUUUGACUUGGCGGAACCCGUUGAUCAGCAAGACGCUUGGGCGUACAAACAUCUGUUGGACAUGGAUGGAAAUGCGUUCAGCGGUCGGUUCUAUGCGUUCUUGCGCAGCAGGAGUCUCGUUCAUAAAGUCUCAAUCUUCCGCGAAUGGCAUGAUGAGUGGCUCAAACCCUGGACACAUUACGUACCUCUGAGCCUAACCGGAGAUGAUUAUCUGGAGGCAAUGCGAUACUUUGAGUCCGAAGAAGAGGGCAGAGUGAUCGCGCCAAGACUGGCUCAGCAAGGCCGGGAAUGGGCACAGAAAGCUCUCCGAAACGAGGACAUGGAGGUCUGGUUCUUCCGACUUCUACUAGAGUACGGGCGCCUAGUUGACGACAACCGACAUAAUCUGGGCUUUUCGGUCUAGCUUUGUAUGAUUACUGCCAGGUUUCGCUAUUUGCUUUCUGUCUUAUUCCCCAAUGUUUAACGAACGUACGAUAUAUAUGGCGUUUUGGAGCUUUUGCUAUGAUGAGACGAAAAUCAGGGAUUGCCAAUUGAUGUGUGUAUAUAUGAC